AUGUUCUAUGGUCUCGGUAUCGUGUCCAUAAGAGGGGAUUGCGCAUCCCCCACAAGUACAACAACGACAACACCUUCAACGACUGCGAAGCCAACUACAACAACAGUCAUCAAUCCUGCGAACAUCACAGGGAAGUGCAAUCAGACGGACCAGACGUACAUCAGUGGCGAAACAACGGUAGAGGUCGGCUGUAUCUUCCAGUCUUCCAGAAAUCUCGCUGUUACCUGCCAGAAAGGAGACACCUUGAUCUCAUCUUCUGAUAGAAUACUCUAUCGAACACGACGUCAACCUCACUCGAUUUCUGUUCAGCUAAAGUUUACGCCAAUCUUGCGCCGCGAUAGAGGUAACUACUCCUGCAAGGCUACCGUGGAUGAGUCAUCAAGGGAGAUACCUUUCUCCAUGCAGGUGUUUGAAAAUCCGACUGUGACGUUGUUCCCGUCUACGCUGUCCCUGCAGAAAGGUGGUCAGAGGAACCUCACUUGCAAGGUUACCAACACAGGUGCUGUGAAGACGAUCCCUGCAAGUCUGAUUUGGUGCCGCCCAGGUGGAUCCAUCAUAGACAAAUCGAAAGUCGUGAGAGUUAGAGAAGGGAUUGAGAGGCUGAUGCUGAACUCGACUGACGCAUCUGGAAACUACAUGUGUGGUGUCACCAACUGCACAGAAACAGCUACUCUUGUUGUCAUCAAGCCAGGAGAAAAGCUGUGUCCUGAAAUCACAGACUCCAGAGGAACAGAGUGGCCUCAGACUGUUGGAAAUACGACCAUGGUGCUGCCCUGUCCUGGGGGAUUUCAAGGUAACGUUCGACGUGUCUGUGACGUCACUGGUGAGUGGGAAGAAGUAAACUACAUAACCUGCGUGAGAGAGGAGAUAGCCCAAUUAGAGGAAAAGGUUGCUUCGAUCACCGAAGGAGCUGUGUCCAGUGAAGCUGUCAAGAAUGUGCUGGAGAAGCUGCAGGAGGUUACCAAGGUCAACGACUCCUCUGCAGGGGAUCUGGACAAAUUCAUUGACCUUGUGGACACGCUGGUCAGUGCAGUGAGCAGGUCUGGUUCACCAAUUGUAGUGGACACUGCUACAGCACGGUCCUUUGUUAAUGUGGUUGACAACAUCCUGUCUGUUGACACCAGUAAAGAGGACUGGCAGCAAGUUCAGAAAAGCAAUGCAACAAAGGCGUCGUCUUUGAUGAGAGCAGUGACGUCCUUUGGGUUGGCUGCUGCAGCAUCACAGACGGUGAACGAACCUCUGACUAUAAACAGUUCAACCAUGGUGAUGGAAGUUGCGAAGGUUAAGAAACAAGACAUCACAUUUCCUACAGAAAACCUGGAGGGGGAGAAGAGUUCUUUAAGACUUUCUCAGGAAAACUAUGAUGCCGAAGAAAACGUCGCAUACGUUGCAGCCUAUUACGGAACAAUGGACCGGUUUCUACAGAGAAAUAACUCCGGAGAUGACAAGUCAACACAGAAAGAAACACGAUCUCAGAUUCUAUCACUUGCUGUCCACGCUGGCGGUAAACGACUUGCAGAGCUUAACAUGGAUGUAACGCUUAAUUUCUACCAUGGACAGGUCGACAAUGCAGAACUAGAAUGCGGAUAUUGGAACUUUAAUAAAGGUUCCUGGAGGACGGAUGGGUGCAAGAGAAGUCACAUAAACAGUUCCUUCUCAAGAUGUGAUUGUGAUCACUUGACCAACUUCGCUAUUCUGAUGAGUCCAACACGAGUCGUGUCUGACGAAAACCUGCGACUCCUGAAGAUCAUCUCCAUAGUGGGCUGUUCCUUGUCUAUCCUGGGCUGCUUGGUGACAGUACUGACACACGCGUGUUUGUGGAGGAGUGUUCGCUCUACUAAGUCCGUCAUCCUGGUGAACCUUUGUAUGGCGUUGACCUUGGCCUACAGCGUCUUCCUGGCUGGCGUGGAGAGAACGGAAAACAAGGCCGUGUGUACUGCAGUGGCGGCCAUUUUGCACUACUUGUUCCUGGCCAUCUUCUGUCUGAUGUUUGCCCAGGGGAUCGACAUGGCCAGACAGGUAGUAACUGUGUCAAGGAGGAGUUCAAGACUGGAGGUUGUCCUCGCUCUAUCCUGGGGUGUGCCGGCAGUUAUAGUCGGUAUUACCCUGGGGGCCACCAAGCUGGAGGGAUACGGAAAUGACCAGUUCUGCUGGUUGACGGUGGAGGAUGGGGUUCUGUACGCCCUUGUUGGACCAGCCCUCUUCGUCAUACUUGCUAACACCGUGAUCAUCGUCGUCAUCAUGCGGGUGCUGUUUUCCACCAAAAUGAUGAUCAGAAAAGGAAAUAGAGAGAAAUUCAUGGUCAGUUUUCGGAGCCUCUGUGUUCUGAUGCCUGUUCUCGGAGUCACGUGGGUGUUUGGUAUUCUGGCAUUCAACGAAGACACAGUCGUCUUUCAAUACCUCUUUGCCAUCUUCAAUUCGUUGCAGGGUUUCCUGAUUUUCGUGAUGCACUGCAUUUUUAACACUAAGAUUCGUGAUGGAUUGAGAACGGUAUUGCGGCGCUACUUAUCCCAGAUAUAUGAGUCCUUUGAGAGCAAGGACAGGAGUAAACCAACAAGGUCCGAUAAAACGUCAGACUUUACGAACAGCCGUGGAAACCUUACUGAAGGCACAUCAACGAUGGGUGUGCAACUGACAUCACAGAGCAGUACUACCAGUCCGGCCAGCCCAGGAUUCGGGAUGAGCGACCCCAGCCAGGAAUGUCCUCGGAUUUCUGCUGAUAAUAGGAAGGAACCUAUUACAUAUACACAAGAAUUAAUGAACAGAAUUCAGCCGGGACAAACUUUGAUCCGUGGCACUCACUACGCUUCUAAGCUUUAAACAAAUUCCUUUAUGAUAUAUUUGAUAAGAAUAAGAACCAUAACUCUACAGCAAUCACAGGUCUGUGUUUCAAUGUAGGAGUCAUACGAUCUUAGCUCUACAGCUGUCACUUGUCUGUGUUUCAAUGUAGGAGUCAUACGAUCUUAGCUCUACAGCUGUCACUUGUCUGUGUUUCAAUGUAGGAGUCAUACGAUCUUAGCUCUACAGCUGUCACUUGUCUGUGUUCCAAUGUAGGAGUCAUACGAUCUUAGCUCUACAGCUGUCACUUGUCUAUGUUCCAAUAUAGGAGUCAUACGAUCUUAGCUCUACAGCUGUCACUUGUCUGUGUUCCAAUAUAGGAGUCAUACGAUCUUAGCUCUACAGCUGUCACUUGUCUGUGUUCCAAUAUAGGAGUCAUACGAUCUUAGCUCUACAGCUGUCACUUGUCUAUGUUCCAAUAUAGAAGUCAUACGAUCUUAGCUCUACAGCUGUCACUUGUCUAUGUUCCAAUAAAGGAGUCAUACGAUCUUAGCUCUACAUCUGUCACUUGUCUAUGUUUCAAUGUAGGAGUCAUACGAUCUUAGCUCUACAGCUGUCACUUGUCUAUGUUCCAAUAUAGGAGUCAUACGAUCUUAGCUCUACAGCUGUCACUUGUCUAUGUUCCAAUAUAGAAGUCAUACGAUCUUAGCUCUACAGCUGUCACUUGUCUAUGUUCCAAUAAAGGAGUCAUACGAUCUUA